GCCACCACAAGCUACAGCAGUCGCAUGUGUAUACGAGCCUGUGUUUCCCUGUGUUGUGACGAGAUCGUUAUAAUAUCUUCCCGGAAUUGCAUGUGUGGAGACCGUUUCCACCACACAGAUUUCUCAGUCGAUCGUUAAGAUGGACGGCCACGAGACCGAGGAAGAAAAUCUACAGAAGCGGUACCGAUCUCGCAAUUUCACGAAAUACGAAAAGGAUGUCUUCUACUCGGUGUUCAACCAAUACGUGGGCAUCAUCGGCGAUAAGAAUUCGUCUGCCCUCACCAUCAGGGAAGCUUGGGACAAACUGGUGGUAGAAUACAACGUCCAGCCUAAUAUAUACCCCCGUACAAGACGACAGUUGCAGGUUCUAUGGAGAGACGAGAAAUUCAGAGCGAAGAAGAAAGAGCAGAAGAAUAAGGCUCAGGCUUGGACCGGGUCCUCCCCACUCCCCGUAGAAGCGCAGCUGCACUCAGGCAGCAGCUCGCCAAGCGUCAAGCACAAGUACGACAACGUGUCUUCCGACGAAGACGACUCCUACUGGUCGCCGAACCACCACCGGAGAAAAGCCAGGAAGAAUGGAAACAAGAUCGAAAUGGGUUCCUCGAUGGACAGACACGCCAUUGCCAAUAAGAGGGAACGAGAAAUUCACCAACACAGACUUCAACAACUGCGUCAGGAAGGAGCUAUGAGGAUGAGAGUCUUGGAGGCCGAGCUGUCACUCCGGCAGCAGCAGCAACACAUGGAGCAACAGGAGCACAACCUCAAGAUGGAGAUACUGAGGGAAAAACUCAAGAGGUUGAGAGAAGGGAAACCGUUCGCCGAUUAAUAUCAAUUUUCCCAAAUUAUGUUUUGGAGAAUUUCCACUCUUUUCGUUAUGUGGAAAACUGGACCAGUGAAAGUUUAUAGAAAUUGUGUUGUGAAAAUAGAGAAUUUCCAUUCUUCUCUCUAUGUGGAAAACUGGACAAGUGAAAGUUUUAAAAAAUUGUGUUAUUAAAAUAGAAAAUUUCCAUACUUUUCUUUAUGCAGAAAACUGGAUCAGUGAAAGUUUUUUAAAAAAAAUUGCAUUAUUAAAAUGGAGAAUUUCCAUUCUUUUCUCUAUGUAGAAAACUUGAACAGAAUGAAAGUUUAUAGAAAUUGUGUUGUUAAAAUGGAGAAUUUCCAUUCUUUUCUCUAUGUGAAAAACUGGAUAAGUAAAAGUUUACAGAAGUCAUGGUAUUAAAUACUGAAAGUGGUAUUCUAGUUUGGUCAGUGCCAAGUCUGGUUGGUAUCCCCUGCCUCCUUUUAAAAGAUAAUAGGUGGUAUCACCCGUCAUAUUUUGAACAUCAGGAGGAA